GGAAACCAAAUACAGAAGUGCGAGUGAAAGCUGUCCAGUGUGAACGUGUUGUUGUUGUGGUGUGUGUGCGUGUGUGUGUGCUUUAUGUCUGUCUAAACUGAAUGAGGAGAGUGAACAUGCCCUGGCUACUCUCUCAAUCUCCUCAUGUGGUCUCCCUACUGAGUGGUUUUGUUGGCAGACUCUCUCGGCUGGUGCCACUCCACCCCCAGAGCAGCGGGCAGAGAAGGGCGAGUGAGGCACUCUGAUAUGUGACUGUUCCAAACAAGUUGUCUCAGCUUUCUGAAGGACAAUGGAUGACCUGGCGGCCCCUUUGUUUUCCUCCGUGAUGGCCAACACCACCAGUAAUGUCACCUGUUCCCGUGACAACGUGCUGAAGACCAUAGUGUUCCCUGUGCUGUACUCAUUCCUCUUCCUGCUGGGUCUGUCGCUCAACUGCCUGGCCGUGUGGGUGUUCUUCAGCAUCCCCAGCCGCUCGCACUUCAUCAUCUACCUAAAGAACAUCGUGGUGGCCGACGUCCUCAUGACGCUCACGUUUCCAUUCAAGAUCCUGGCAGACACCAACCUGGCCUCGACGGGCGUGCGGGUCUUUGUGUGCCGCGUCUCGUCAGUGCUCUUCUACCUCACCAUGUACAUCAGCAUCAUCUUCUUCGGCCUUAUCAGCAUCGACCGGUGCCGCAAGACGCUGCGGCCGUUUGUGGGCACCAACGCUGCCCGCCUCAGGAACCGGAAGAUUCUGUCGGCGGCCAUCUGGGCAUCGCUGUUGGCUCUCUCUCUGCCCAAUGUGGUGCUGACCAGCCAUCCGCCAGCCUCGCACUACUUCAAGUGCAGCGACCUCAAGACGGAGUUCGGCCUGCGCUGGCACGAGGUGGUCAACCAUGUGUGCCAGGUCAUCUUCUGGGGCAACCUGGUGACGGUGGUGGUGUGCUACAUGCUAAUCACUAAGGAGCUAUAUAGCUCGUAUGCCCGCACCCGUGCCCAGAGUAGCGGUGGCAGCAGUGGCAGCCGCAAGAAGAGUGUGCGCAUCAACGUCUUCCUGGUUCUGGCGGUGUUCUUCGUGUGCUUUGUGCCGUUCCACUUCGCCCGCGUGCCCUACACCAUGAGCCAGACCCGCGGGCGCCUCUUCGAUUGCCGGCACAAGCUGGUCUUCUUUCAGAUGAAGGAGAGCACGCUGUGGCUGUCUUCACUCAACUCCCUGCUGGACCCGCUCAUCUACUUCUUCCUUUGCAAGUCCUUCCGCACGUCGCUCUUCAGCAUCCUCCACCUUGGCCCGGGCCAGUGCCGCAAACUCCGUGAGCUCGGCACGGACACCAACACAGCCACCGUACACCACAGAGAGUCCUCUGGCCCGCUGUAGUGCAAGUUCUCAAGUCUAUUCUGGUGUCCUUUCUUUCGUUUAACUCUCUCUUUGUCUUAGACAAGUAGACAACCACUGAGUAUUAAAGAGACUUUUCUGGACCACUGUAGCGUCAGGUUACCAGACUAAUCGUAUGUCCCUCUCUAUGAUUAACUCUCCCUUCAUGUAGGACGACUAGAAAAACACUGUAGCGAUAUGUUUCGAGUCCAAUCUGGUGUCUCUCCUCAUGUUUGACUCUCUGGAUAAAGAUACCUUGUUGGAUGUGCUUCUUCAUGUUUAUAUCUCCAGGGAAAGAGACCUAGCCAGGUGUGUUUGUUCAUGCUUGACUCUCUCUUCAACUAAGAACAUUAGAAACUAGGGUGUUACAAAGAAUCCUCAAGUCCACUGUAGCUCAAGGUUAAUCAGGUGGGUAAAUCUUAAAUUAGUUUAAUUCUCUUUAUCUCAGAUAGUCGAUAGAUAACGUAAUGCCCUUUGGGCCUGCCCACACUGCAGGUUUUCAACAGUACUUGAUGAGUUGAGCACAAGGUUAACAGGUGUCUUCUCGGAUGUUAGCUGAAAUCUCUCUUCAUCUAAAACUAGCUAGUGUUACAGGAUUUCUGCAGUCUUCUGUGGCCUUCAUGCAACUUAACCAGGUGUCGUCUCUCCUGGCUUUUGUCUCAUGGACAUGAGGUAGCGACUGUGCCAGAUGGACACCCUUACAGGCAACUGCCACUGCAUAAGACGACCGAGAGUCACACCUCAUGUGUGUUGAACUCUCUCUUCGUCCAUCACAGAAAGACAAGAACGGCUCUGUUAUUCCUCUUGUUAGCGAAAACAGUUUUGUGCCCUACACUGACCUCUGCCGAAAUGGCUCCAUUUGAAGUAUGAAUCGGUUCAGAGCUUCACUGAGAGGUACUGCCUGGGACCUUCAAAUGUGAAUAUGGCUUCUCCAUAAUGUCAAAAAAGAAGCUGGUUGUAUUCAAGCGCAAAAGAUAUACUUCUCUUAUUAGGUUCCAAUGAGCGUUCAUUUCAGCAUUGACUUGAGAGAACAAGAAUUACUCUGACUGAGACUUUUACCUGAAGGUUUUUACAUGGCUUUGGCAGUAAUUUCAUGGAGAGCAUAAUUUUGUGUUAAAUUGUCAUCCCUUUAUUUUAAUUAAUAGGCAAUAAUAGCAUUAACAUUUUUAGCAUCAAUACUUGCAAGUUAGACAUAUCUAAGACCAAAUGUGGUAAAGAGUGUUGACAAAAUUAUGACUUGUUACCUGCAGUAUAUAGGCCAUGUUCGUCAUGACAUAAAUAAUAUUAUUAUUGCACAUGAUGAGGAUCUUAUUGUUGAUUUUAUUGAGGAUAUUAUUGUUCAGGAUCAGUCCUCAAUAACAACUGUAUGUACUGAGACUUGAAUUCUUGAUUAUGUGAUGUACCGUAAAACUGUAAAACUCAUCUCUGUCUAAUCACUUACAUGUGUUACUGCUAUUGCCUGGGGCAACAGGUUUCACUGGGGGGCUGUUGUAAAAACUACUGCAAAUAAAAUGAAAACUGAAGGGGAAAAUA